UUUGUUCAUAUCUGCAUAGGCUCCGCUGGAUGUGGCAGUGCGAGACGAUCUCUGCGAUUCAACUCGCCAACAGCAACCAAACGAAACAUUUUCAGGCUGAAGGAUUUGUCUGAAAUCACAGAAAAAAGGCUGUAGUUGCACGAAGAGAAUCCGUCAUUAUUCUCAGCCUCAUCGACGUCGCGAUGUCAAUCUCCCCCGCUUGCUGACUUGGUGGCCUCCAAUGGAUCAUUCUCCUAUUGACUUCUUCUUUCCCCUUUAUAAUAAUCCUUUCAAAUGAGUCAUUGAACAUCGUUCAAUCCAACCAAGGCCACCAACAAUGGACCCAGUGUCAGCGUUCGGUUUGGUUUCCGGCGCUUUCCAAAUCGCCCAAAUCGCCCUGCAAACCGCCCAAGGCCUCACGACUCUACGCGGGAAAUUCGAAAAUGCAGAUCUCACCAUCUGGUCGCUAAUUGGAGAAGUGAGAACCAUCAGAUCCGCGCUCAUUCAGCUAGGCGACUGGGCGCAAUUUAAUGCGAAUGGUUCCCAACCGGUGUUCAACGAUCACGAUGAGGGACUGAAUGUAGCCCUGGAGGGCUGCUCGGUUAUCAUGGAUGUCCUUUCUAGGGAAGUCGCUUCGUUGGUUCAGGGGACGGAGGAGGGGACCGUGGUCGGGUUUCGGGUCAGGGCGAGGGCUGUUUGGAAUGAGGGGAUUAUGAAGGAUCAUCAGGAUCGGUUGCAUGCGCAGGUUUUGGCGUUGCAGUUGCUGCUGCAGGCUUGUCAAUGGUGAGUUGUGUCGAUUAUGUAUGUUUAAUUAGCGCUGACCAUUUACAAUUGCUAGUCGCACGUCGUCUGAACAGGUCGAAUUGCUACGGAAGGUCGAAAACCGUCAGAUUAUCCGCAAAGCUGCUG